UCCCUCAUGCCGGAAGUUGACAAGGGCUGGUCUGAUGACACAUGAAAGUCACCGAGUACAGAUGGCAAGGAGCCUCGGUAGGCUACUCAAAGGCUUUCAGAGCCUCACUUCUCUCCCAGCCAUGAGGGCUCAACGUAGCCAUCCGUCUGCCUGCGUGCCAUGCAGGACCACGGUGGCACUGCCAUCACUCUUUUCCUUCAAGCCCCGGGACUUCAGCCUGCCUAACUCCUCGUGGAGCUCAGAAAUUAUGCGGUUGUAUGACCAUUACAACAGCCAGUGUGAGGUGGAGGCAGAAGGAGGAGAGACACAGGGAGGGCCUUGGCAGAGACUGCCAAGCUACAAUCGCUCACUCAAGUAUGCUACAGGAGGAGUGUAUCUGAGUAAGAUUAUCCAGUCAAGAGCUCGUCUUUUUACCCGCAACAUCAGAGAACCAGGGGCAGCAUUUGAGUAUGUUCUGUUUGUUAACAAAGAGGAGCAGAGGUGUGUGUGCAUUUUCCAGGCUGGGCACCUACUGGAGGGGCCGCCAGGACAUGUCCACGGGGGGGCAAUAGCCACUAUGAUUGAUAAUGUGACAGGAACUCAUGCUACUGUGCUCUCUGGACCUGUUAUGACUGCCAAUCUCAACAUCAACUACCGCAGCCCCGUCCCACUGGGAAGUACGGUGUUGAUUGAAUCCUCUCUGGAUACAAAAGAAGGCAGAAAAACCUUUAUUUCAUGUAAAGUUACCAGCACCGAUGGCUCCAAACUGCACACAGAAGCAACAGCACUGUUCCUGUCAAUUAAUGUCAGCCAUCUACUACGGGGAGGGUGACACUACCACACCAACCAAGCACCUACCCAAACACUGUCAGCAAGCUGAGGCCUCUGUGUGUGUGUGUGUCUGUGUGCCUGUGGGCUUGUUUCACUAUGUUUUAGGGGUUCAACAACCGGGAGGCCACUAUACUGGUGGGGUCCGACAGCUUUGUGGGGACCAAAAUGCAGGACCUCACAAGUUUAAAUGGCUGUUCGAGGAUUUAGGCUUUCGGUUGUGAUGGCUGAGGUUAGGCUAAGGGGCUAGAGAAUGCAUUAUGGAAUGACCCCACAAAGAUAGCUGUACAAGGAUGUGUGUGUGCGAAUGUGUGAGCGUAUCAUUUGUUUGCAGUAUUUUUGGGAGUGUACACUUAUGUGCCAGGUGAUUUAAGAGAUAACUUCUCUAACUUCUCUCACUUUUAAUCUUAUCCUGGUAGUCAUGCAUAUCUCAGUAUUUUAUUACUAACAAACAGAUUCUUGAAGUACCGUUAUUUGACUACCUCUGCUUAGUGUAACACAUCAACAGUACAUAUAUGAACAUUAUUUAUUAAACAAAAUGUUAAGGGUUAUUUAUUGUAACUUUGCAACGGUAUUGAUGGUUUUGUGUAACAUUGGGGCUUUUUGAGAGUGAGAUAAUUGCCCAAAAUGUACUGUACGUGAAUACUUUGUUUCCUCCAUUAAAGCCUUACCUAAGAGUAUUAUAUAAAUUA